AUGACUCGCACCCGCAAACAGUUCUCCAGCUCCCACGGCAAAUGGGCCCUAACAACGCCGAAAGCAAACCUUCCUACAUUGAAACCUCUUAAAGUCCAAUCCUCGCGAUGCCCUCGCCGUGUACCGUCCAUCGAUGAAGAGUCAAUUUCACUAGCGUACUCUGAUACACCCCUUCCAGGGGAGAGGAUCUUCUCUGGGGCAGAAUGGACGCCGCAAUUUGAAGAGAUUCCAACAUGGGCGUUGUAUGAGAUGGGAAUACUGUAUGAUGAUGCCUUUGAGCUGGAUGAUGUGAGGGAGUCAGUUUGCCCGGUGGAUGGAGGCAAGUCGACCGAGGUAGAUGUGUGUCAGAGCCCGACGCUGUCGUAUUGUGAUGUUGCAGGUGAUGAGGCACUGGCGACGUGGGCCAUGGAGGAUGACUAUGUUGAUUUGGGAGUUGGAUGCACUGGUGACUUGUAG